AUGAGGAGGCGGACAAACCAAAACCGCACUAGUCCCGACCGGAUCCUCGCCUUUCCACCUCAAACCACAAGAAACGUCUUCAAGUCAUCCCCAAUCCACGAUUCCCCUCCACUCUCUCAUAAGCCGUGCCCUGGCGUGCUCUCUGGCUUUCAACCCCCCGACCUCCCUCUAACUACCUCAAUUGAACCCGAUUUCGACGUGGUGCUGCCACCUCCCGCCUGCCGCACAAUGUUUCUUCGCACCGUCUCUCGCGCUGUUCCUCGCAGCACCGCGGCCAUCCGUGCUGCCCCGACUGCCUCUGUGAACGCCCUGCAGACCCGCGCUGCUUCGGACCAUGCUAUCCCCAACCCUACUCUCGCCAACAUCGAGAAGCGCUGGGAGGUCAUGGCCCCUCAGGAGCAGGCCGAGCUCUGGAUGCAGCUCCGUGACCGCAUGAAGGUCGACUGGCACCAGAUGACCCUCCAGGAGAAGAAGGCCGCUUACUACAUUGCCUUCGGUGCCCACGGCCCCCGCGCCCAGGCCCCCAAGGGUGAGGGUCUGCGCGUGCUCUCCAAGGUGCUCCAGCUCACUGCCGUUUCCGUUGCCCUCUUCUACGCCGUCCACGCCUUUGCCGGCAAGCAGCCCGGCACCAUGUCCAAGGAGUGGCAGGAGGCCUCUAACGAAUAUGCCCUGAAAGAGAAGAUCAACCCCAUCCACGGCAUCAGCAAAGAGGGUUACGAAGGCAAGGGCUUCGUCCAGAGCCCCCCUGCUGAGAAGUCAUAGAUGUACCAGUUGCCCGACCGGGAAUGAGUUGAUAUCUACGCAGGACGGACGGCACCCAUCGCACGACCUCGAUGUCGAUUUUAUUGCAAGCUACUCUUUCCAUAACCAUGUUCGACAUGUCUUUGUAUCGGAGGAUGGACCUCCGCCCGUGCGCGCGGCCGUCGACUGUUCCCCCAUUCUAUCUUUUUUGGCAAGCAUUGGAAAAUGCGUGUAUCCCGUACUGUGCUAUAAUCAAUGUAUCUCUUUUGUAGCCAUAGAGCAUGAGUUUUGGUGAUUGUGA